AUGGAGCCCGGUGAAGCUUUCGGCUCCGAGGGUCUUGCUGCCUGUGAAGUGGAAGUGAGCAGCGCACAAGCUAGGCUGUGUUCCCGCAGGGCGGCGCGGUGGGCACCCACACGGGCACCUCCGUUAGCGCGCUGCGCCCUCACAACCAGAAGCCAGGCUGAGAAGGAAAACAAGAGAACCGUAGAAAAGCUCUGCGAGCUUGCCGUUGACAUCAGAAAAAUCCGUCGAUUCAAAGGAUGGGUGCUUCUGGAGGAAGAGACCUACGUGGAAGAGGUGGUGAGUGUCCUGCGACAGCUGGGUGCCGACGCGGCCGCGGUGGCCAGCAUCCUGGAACGCUGCCCCGAAGCCAUGCGCAGGCUGUGUUCCCGCAGGGCGGCGCGGUGGGCACCCACACGGGCACCUCCGUUAGCGCGCUGCGCCCUCACAACCAGAAGCCAGGCUGAGAAGGAAAACAAGAGAACCGUAGAAAAGCUCUGCGAGCUUGCCGUUGACAUCAGAAAAAUCCGUCGAUUCAAAGGAUGGGUGCUUCUGGAGGAAGAGACCUAUGUGGAAGAGGUGGUGAGUGUCCUGCGACAGCUGGGUGCCGACGCGGCCGUGGUGGCCAGCAUCCUGGAACGCUGCCCCGAAGCCAUGGUCUGCAGCCCCGCUGCGCUGGCCACACAGAGGGAACUGUGGCAGCUGGUGUGCAGAAGUGAGCAGGAGUUGGUCACGCUGAUAGAGCGGUGUCCCAAGGCCUUCUUCACCAUCGGGGACCAGGAGAACCUCAGGCUGAAUGUUCAGUUCUUCCAGGAGCUGGGGCUCCGGAACCUGGUCAUCAGCAGGUUUCUGACAACUGCCCCCAGCAUUUUCCAUAACCCUGUGGAGAACAACAAACAAAUGGCCCGGGCUCUCCAGGAGAGUUUCCUGAGCAGAGGCGGGUCUGAGGCCAACAUGAGAGUCUGGCUGCUGAAAUUACUAAGCCAGAAUCCAUUUAUUUUGUUCAACUCUCCGGCGGCUGUGAGGGAAACACUAGAAUUUCUCCAGGAGCAGGGUUUCACGGACUUGGAAACGCUUCAACUUCUGUCCACACUCAAAGGGUCCCUUUUUCAUCUUUGCCCAAGAGAUAUACAGAACAGCAUUUCCUUCGCACAAAAUGCUUUGGAAUGCACAGAUCCUGACCUGAAGCAGUUAGUUCUGAAAUGCCCUGCUCUUUUGUAUUACUCUGUUCCAGUUUUAGAAGAACGUAUCCAGGGGUUAGUGAAAGAAGGGAUUUCCAUAGCUCAGAUAAGAGAGACGCCCAUGGUUCUUGAAUUAACACCACAAAUAGUGCAGUACAGAAUAAGGAAACUAAAUCUCUUAGGCUACAGAAUAAAGGAUGGACAUCUAGCAGAUCUAAAUGGAACGAAAAAGGAGUUUGAGGCUAACUUGGGCAAAAUUCAAGCCAAAAGAGAAAGACCUUUAUUUAACCCUGUGGCACCAUUAAAUGUUGAGGAGUAACUGACGGCCCUCACGUCCAGCAGUCGAGUGCAACUUUUUGGAGACCGUGCACUUCGGGCCGCUUAGCGUCACCGUUAUUUUAAGGGCCUCCUUAGCUUCUGAGUUGUGUCUGAAAUUGCUUUGACACAAUCUCUGCUUCAUGCCUGGUUUUUAAAUCACAUUUAUUUUAAAUAAAGUUGGUAACUUUACCCUUAAGUAUUACUCCUAAAAUUUAUGGGUAUGGGCUAGCACACUGGGGCACCUGUGUGAUAUUUUAUAAGUGAAAACUUUCUAGGACGUACUGCCGGCUACAGGGACAUCUCCAUUCACACAGCACUUGUCUCGGGUGCAGACCAGUCUUCCUCACCACCGCCCUGAACCCACCCCUCUGAGGUCUCAAUGUGCAGCUUAGCCUUAAGUGAAACAUUUGCAACUUCUGGUACACUUAAGAAAACAACUUUGAUGUGGGGAUAAACAUCUGGGAUAAUCAAGUAUUAUCCAAAAAUAAUAGCCUGCUUCUGGGGUCAGUUUGGUAAAACUGGCAUCAGCUGCCCUGCCCUGGGGGACACGGACCCACAUUCAUCACUUUCCUCUAUGGAGGAGGAAUUGCUUGGCAGGACCCCCGCUGCCCUGUGGCACAGUCCAGCUUUAUUAAGAUCUGAAAGGGUUCUGUUCAAACCUUGUGAGCAGGAGAGUGAGGGACCAGCAUAAUGGACUGCUGUCUUGCCAACACUGGAAUGAGUGCAAAACAGAUUUGAAGUUUUUAUGAAACGUCUGUAAUUCCAGCACUUGGGAGGCUGAGGCAAGAGGAUCACCAUGAG